AUGAAUGGCGAUAAGUUGACUAUCUUCUAUCAAUCACCUAUCCCUUCUUCAAAUUCACCUCAUGUGACCAUUCACAACGUCUUUAGUAUCUAUAACGCCCUGUUCACCUACAUUGAUAAGGCGAAAGCGGUGAUAAAGUCCGCGCUCAAUCGUACGCGAGAUAAGCUUACCGAGUAUUAUGGAAAGACUGAUGAUAUCCCUGGUGAUCUCUAUACAAUUGCGACUAUCCUGGCGCCACGGAACAAGCUAGAGUUCUUUAUAACAUUAGAAUGGGAACCUCACUGGGGGCCACGCUAUAAGAAGUCGCUAGAGGCUUAUAUUCAGCCUUACCGGCAGCGCCACGAAGAGACACAGUCUACAUCAACUCUCCAGGCUAUAAGUCAAGACGUCUCUAAUAUUGACAUCCUUCUAAGAUCUACUGUAUCUCUUCAGUCAAAAGCGACGGCUCCAGAUAAGCUUACACGGUAUCUUGGAAGUAGUACUGUUGAAGCAACGCCUCUCGUUUUCUGGAAAGAAUACCGAAAUCAAUACCCUAUUCUGGCAAGCCUUGCCCGAGACGUCCUUAUAACACCCGCUAGUGGUUCUGGCGUUGAGCGGCUGUUUAACUCUACCCGUGAUAUCUGUUAUUAUCGCCGGGGCUCAUUAAAACCGCAGACAAUUAAGGAAUUGAUGUUGUUUAUAUAUACAACAAAGUUCGACGUGGAGUCAGAGCAGCUUGCCCUAAUUGAUGAGUAUCUUUCUACUGAUGAUGAAGAGGACCUAUCUAAUUCUGAAGCUUCUGCCGAAACUAUCCAAAAUCCUAAUGCGCGAGCCCUUGGAAAGAGAAGGGCUAUAUCGGAUCAGCUAAUUGAACUCGAGGAUGAUAAGGUUCCCCUGCCUAAUAAUAGCCACUUGGAAGAAGAAAGGACUACUUAG